CCCGAAAAGUGGUGACAAAAGCAGGAGCAGUAGAAGAAGGAGAAGGAGAGGUUAAUCUCGUCUCUUCUUCCCCCAGUCGUCUCGUUCUUUGCGAGAGGUGAGGCUGACAACUUAAUUGCCUGCCUAAGGCACUGUUUUCUUCUUCUUUUUUUUUUUUUUGUAAAUUCAGCUUUCCGUGCCGUCUGCUACACCUGCCUGCCAAGCUGCAGCGCUGAUGGGCGCGGCUGGGACCCAUGCCCAAAUCUCUGUUUUGACUUGCCUGGGAAAGUUGGGCGAAAAGGCACAAAAGGACGGAGGAGGACUUUAAGAACAUCCCACCCAGGCGCGUCAACUUCAUACCAACACAUUAUUGCUCCCGUGGAUCAGUCGGCGCAUCUCAACAAGGGGGAUCACCGGGAUUUGAUUGACCGUCGUUCAAGCUGGCUGAAGAUAAGAUGAGAUGGAGGAGUUAAUAGCACUGAUGGACUACUCAGCAGACUUUUCAGAAGAAAGGGUUGUGACAGAAGCUGUAACCGCCACAACCCGGCUGACUUCUCUGCCACCAAAGGGAACCAGCGGAUCAAAUCACAGGAAUAUGUCCAGCAGUGCUGGAGGGCUGGGCUUGGAGAAGAAUGUCUUAACCCAGAACAGCAGUGGAACGUAUUUCUCUUCAUCCUCUGUAGGUGUGAACACCAGCAACUACAACUCCUCCUCAGGGGUUUACCUGGGAGGAUGCUCCUCAGGUGAAGGAGAUGGAGGGGGGACCUACAUUGAUGGAGAGUUGUUUGGAGGUGGAAUAGGAGGUGGAGGAAGCAGGGGAGGAGGAGGAGGUGGAGGAAUAGGAGGGGGAGGUGGAGGAGGAGGAGGAGGAGUAGGGGGAAGAGGCAGCAGCAGUUACAUGGUGAGCUCCGUGUCAAAGGUUCGGUCCAGCUCAUCGGGCGGUGCCAGGCGCGGUCAGACUGCUGGCUCAUCAGGAGGCCUGUCGCCAUCUUUCCGGGAGAGGAAGACAAUCGGUAGCCGCUCAGUGGGUUAUGACGGAAGUUCCAGUGCUAAUUCCUCUCCAGAGUUUGCACGCAAAGACUAUGGGAACUAUUGCUCUGGCGGCACAAGAGGGAGGAGCGAGAGUAGAGAGAGCGAGAUCAGAGCCAGAUUGCAAAGUGCCUCACCCACAGCCUGCAGAUGGACAGAGCUGGAUGAUGUAAAGAAGCUUCUGAAGGGACGUUCCUGCAGCGUCAGCCCAACUCGCUCCUCCUGCGCCUCAAUCACACUGCCUGUCCCUAAAAAGGCAACCGUGGAAACCAAGACCAUCUCAGUGGCCACUCAGUCGGGGUCACCUAUAUUGAGCUCUGGAGUGAGAACAGGCGGUUUCCACACCAUCGAUUCAUCAACCCUGUAUGAUACCAGUCUGACAAACGGGCACUUUGAUACUGGUUUAAAAUCAAGCCAGUACGAUGUCACUGUAAAAUCAGGCCAAUAUGAUACUGGUGUGAAAUCAGGCCAGUAUGAUGUGUCUCAGAAGACAAGUCACUAUGAUACUGGUCUGAAAACAGGCCAGUAUAACGGCAGUUUGAGAUCAGGGCAGUACGACUCCAGUGUGAGAACAGGCCAAUAUGACACACUGGACACUAUACUUCCAUCUUUUACUUGGUCGACGGCCACACUGCCGGCCUCCUCCGCCACAGCUGUCGCUGGCAACAGCAGCAGCUACUCUUACCAGGUCGGCAACAACAACAUGGGGGGAGGAUCUUCACCAAUCGGCCUCACCUCCCCCUCGUCACUGUCAGUUUAUGGCUUUCAGAAUAAUCUGGCGCCAACAUCUGCCAGUGUUCUCACCACCAGUGGAGCCAAUGUUAGCACUAGUCUUGGAGGUUAUGGUGUUCAGAAGAACAUGUCGAAUACUGGCGGUGUCGUCAGCACUGGAGUCUCUGCAACCACUAGAUCCCAAACUGAUGAUGCUUUUAAGAAAGACUACAAGUUCCUCAUCUCUGACAAGGAGAACUAUCCAGCUAAAAGGGACACAGAAAUGCUCAUUUUGGCUAAAGACAGCGGGAAGCAGUUCACCAGCAGCAGCAGCGUUCAGAUGGGAGGAGGCUCGCUAUCAGGAGAUUCAAUGAAGAAAGAGAAACUCAUUUCAAGCUACACUGAGACGAUGCCCCUGAAGGCAGAGACAGGAAACUCUUACUACGGAUCAUCGGGAGUUGUGAUGAAAGACAAAGCCACAUUUGCAGAGAUCCGCCGUGACAGCGGCGUCUUUGGAGGUGGAGGAUUUUGCUGCUGCUCCGAUGCCUGUUGCUCCUGGUGGAAGUGGCUGCUGGGUCUUCUCCUCCUCUCCCUGCUCCUUCUGGGACUCCUGUUUGGGCUAAUUGCAUUGGCCGAGGAUGUGAGGAAGCUGAAGAAUCGGGUGGCUACCCUGGAGGCGGAGUCCUCAGUCGUUGCUGCUCGCACAAGUCGGCAGCGAGGCUCAACUAACGACAUCUAUGUGGCUGGAGGUGGAUCCAGUACCGAUAUGCACUUGGGCGCUGGAGGUGCAAGUGGAAGCGACAAAACAAGAAUAGCGGUAGCUGGUGCCGGCGGUGGUGGCGGCGGCGGCGGCGGCUCCACAGGUGGAAAUGAUCUUGAUCUCGGCCUUGGAGGCGGUUCAGCUGGCGGGUCUGGAAGGGUCAGCGGGUCGGGCACAGCGAGUGCUAGAGGCUCUGGCACCGUUUCCAGUGGCAGCGCAGUCAGCACAGGGGCCGGUUUCGGUGGAGGACACAUGGACGCUGCUUCUCUCCAACUGAUGAUGCAGAACAUGUUCAGAACUGAAAUGCAAUCACAGGCGUUCAGAGCUCUUCUAGUAUCCUCAGUGGGAGAUUCCAACCGAGGCAUGCCUGGACCUAAAGGUGACAUAGGACCUAGAGGAGAUCCUGGUUCACCUGGACUUAUGGGUGCUCCAGGUGCUCAAGGACAUGCAGGCACUGAGGGUCCUAAAGGUCAAAAAGGAAUCCAAGGUGAUCAUGGACUGGAUGGGACACCUGGAAUCAGGGGUCGGGAGGGUCCAGCUGGCCCGAGAGGUGAGCCUGGACCUUCAGGGGUUGGACCGAAAGGUGAUAGAGGCGCUCCUGGAGAUCCUGGAGUUCCUGGACCUGUGGGCCUGGCUGGACUUAAAGGUGAUACUGGAUCCCCUGGAAUUGCUGGGCCAGCAGGUCCACCAGGUCUUCAAGGUUUCCGUGGCGAGGCAGGGCUACCUGGUUUUAAAGGUGACAGAGGUAUUCCAGGUAUUUCUGGACAAAAAGGUGACACUGGGGACAAAGGUCUUAGAGGUCUGCAAGGUGAAGCUGGUUUCCAAGGACCAGCAGGGCCGGCUGGAGAGAAAGGACAAAAAGGAUCAAUGGGAUUGGUUGGACAUGACGGUGUCAAAGGAUCAAGAGGUGAUCAGGGAGUUGCUGGGCCACCUGGACUCAGAGGUCCUGUUGGGCCUCCCGGGGAUAAUGGAGCUGCAGGACAACCAGGACUUCAAGGACCUCCAGGGAUUGCAGGGAAUCCAGGACGACCUGGUUCCAAAGGUGAAACCGGUAAUGCAGGAAGAAUCAUCAACGCUGCUGGCUCCACUUCUGUUGGCAUCCCAGGACCACCUGGGCCUGCUGGUCCUCCUGGCCCUGCAGGACAGCCAGGAUUGUCAGGUCCCAUUGGUCCUGCUGGUCUGCCUGGCCAGGCUGGUCCUAAAGGUGACAGAGGAUAUAAGGGAGACCAGGGAGAGGCGGGAAUAUCAGUAAGAACGUCUGAAAGUGUGAGAACAAGCAGCACCGGAAGUCAGUUUAGUUCAGGUGGAUAUACAGGACAACCAGGUCCACCUGGCCCACCUGGUCCUCCUGGACGUCCAGGUGACUCAAGACAAGGACCUCCAGGACCACAAGGGCCUCCUGGUCAGCCAGGUUAUGGAAUACCAGGACCUAAAGGAGACAAGGGAGACACAAGCUUUGCAUCAAGCUCUGGAACAUACCACUCUGGACUACCAGGACCACCUGGACCUGCUGGGCCUAAAGGAUCAACAGGUUCUCCUGGACCAAGAGGAUACCAAGGUGACACAGGCCAGCCAGGUGUGCCAGGCACCCCAGGGAGACCAGGAAGCUCUGACAGAGUAUCAACAUAUUCUGGAGGGUCUCAGCUCCCAGGACCCCCAGGCUCACCAGGGCCUCCUGGACCUCCAGGGCCACAAGGAUAUAAAGGGGACACUGGUGCUCCUGGAAUUCCAGGGUCUUCAAGAGGCUCCAUCUCAGUCACCUCAGGCCCCCCUGGUCCCCAAGGUCCUCCUGGUCCUCCAGGCUCCUUCUCUUCCUCUAGUGAGAUGCGCCAGUACAUCACUGACUAUCUAAGUAGAACCCUACAGUCCAAUUUCCAAGGACCUGCAGGUCCACCUGGGCCUCCAGGACACCCUGGAAGCUUCUCAGGCUCUAUGGAUGACAUCUCUGCACGGGUCAUUGCAUACAUCCAACGUUCAGGCUCAGGCUUCAGCAUUGGUGUUCAGGGACCUCCAGGUCCACCUGGUCCACCUGGACCUGCCUCUGGCUCUGGCUCUGGCUCUGGAUCCUUCACUGUCAGUGGUCUCAUCGCCAUGCUUCAGAGAGACGAUGUGAGGAGAUAUGUAACAGGACCACCUGGACCACAAGGACCACCUGGGAUACCAGGAACAUCUGGAGGAAUUUCAGCCAGUUAUAAUGUAGAAGAGGUCGCCAGAUAUGUGUUCAAUAUCAUGAAUGACAGAGGGAUUGCUCGAGGUCCGCCUGGGCCUCCUGGUCCAGCUGGUCCUUCAGUGUCUGUUGCUACAGGGGGAAGUAGCUCCAGGACCUUUACCAUCGAUUAUUCUGACUUAGUUAAAAACCCUGAUUUCCAGUCAUGGAUAGCAUCUGCCUCACAUCGCGGUCUUCCUGGUCCUCCGGGUUCUCCAGGUUUUCCAGGACAGCCAGGCCCUCCUGGUCCUCAGGGGCCACAGGGACACUCCUCUGCCACCGUGUAUGGAGCAGGACAACAAGGUUACAGCUUGGAGGAGAUUCAGCGUUACCUGCAAGGUUCUGGGUUCAGAGGUCUUCCUGGCCCUCCUGGUCCUCAAGGUCCACGGGGACCACAGGGUUCUUCAGGCAGUUACUCUGGUGUGAUUUCCACCAGUGGAAACUUCCCACGGGAGAGCAUCCGUGCUGAAAUUCAGGAGUAUCUGACCAGUGAUAAUGUUCGUCGUGCCAUCAUCGGACAACCAGGGCCUCCUGGACCGAUGGGACCGAGAGGAGAACGUGGAGAGCCAGGUUACAGUCAGAGCUACACACAGAGCCAAAGCUACUCUCAGGGUGACUCUCGCUACAACUCCAGACGUUCAGAGACUGAUGGCAGCAGGCUUGCCGAGAUGAUGGACUACUCCAGUGUCGCCGUAAAAGUUUCAGAUUACAUCAAGAAUGAAGGCCUGCUGCAGGAGUAUCUGGUUAGUGGUCCUUGGAGGGCUAAUAUGAGAGCAAUUCAGGGUCCCGCCGGUCCACCUGGCCCUCCUGGAGCACCGGGUGUGAGCCGUGUUAUCGGAGCCUACGGCAACGUCACAGCUGACCUCAUGGACUUCUUCAGAAGAUAUGGCACCAUCGCAGGUCCCCAGGGAAGCUCUGGACCAAGGGGAGACAGAGGAUACCCAGGACCUAGAGGAGAAAAGGGUGACCGUGGCCAGCCAGGUAUUCCAGGACUACCGGGGCCGUUCAAAGUUGAAAUUCCACACAGGAUACAGAAGAGGGAUGCAGAAGAGAAUAUGGUCGGUCAGCACAAGAGGCAUCGCCGUCGAGCCACUGGCGUCUAGAGAACAAACUACUGGAUCAUAUCACAUUUCAUUUUUACUCAUCUUUUUUGUUGGUGUUAUACCUUUGCUAUGCGAGUAGUCAAAUCGAUCCUUAUUGUUGCCAUUUUUGAAAAAUGUUUAGAAAAUUUUAGAAAAUAAAAAUGCUAAGAAAUGCAUCAGUCUCUUGAAAAAAUGAACUCUUUCAGGCAGUAGAGGUUUGGAUUCAGCUGCUGGUCAGUGUUUUUGUAACACAGACUUCAUGUUGUUUUGAACAUGUGGGUGUAUUAAUGUUUACUUUGCUUAGUAAGGAGCUUGCAUUCAAACCUUUUUUUUUUCUUCCAGGGGCAACUUUGUUAAAGAGAAUAUUUCUAAGCAAUACAAAGCUGAUACUUUAUUUGCACUUUGCAUCAUUUCUUACUGCUUGUGUAACUUGACUGUCUGGUGUACUGUUUAUUUUUUGUAUUCAUUGAGGAUUAUACUGUAUUAAGGACUAUGUAAGUGUUUCAUGUUGUUACAACACAACUCUUCAGAUUUGUCAUAAAAAGAUUUAAAUAUUCACAUUA